CAGUCAUCACGGAGCCCGGGCACGGCAGUGUGCACAGCAGCUGCGGUGUGUCAGUCUGGACCAGUGUUUGUAAGCCUGCAGCUGCUAUGUUACGGAACAUAAUCGUGCUCAGAACGGUCCGGUAUACAGAUGUUAGCAGCUGUGGAGGACGACGCCUUUAAUCCGGUGUAACAGUCCGACGUCGGAGCAUCAUUGUGUCAAUGUGCUGGAUCUAACGAGCUGCGGCCGGACAGUGGGCGACAUGACGGAGGAAGCGACCAUCCGCCAGCAGAGCUCGGAGAAUAACUCCGUCAGCAGCAGCGAGUGGGACAUGGCAAAUGAUGUGUUUGUGUCCAGCUACGACGACAGUGCUGCUGCUGAGGACCAGGAUCCAGCGCAGCCCGGCUUGGAAAGACACCUGCCGCUGCUAUCCCAGGGUGGCAUGAUGCUGGGCCUGACCGGGGAGGAAUAUCCGGCCUCAUCUUAUCUGGACAUGGACCCAAACUACACCGAAAGUGAUGGGAACGUAUCAACCAAGAAGCGCAUACGGUCCAACAGCUCCAGGCACCGCGGUGACAUCGUCACGGAGCUGGGGCCAGAGGAGGUCCGCUGGUUUUACAAAGAGGACAAGCGGACUUGGAAGCCAUUCGUUGGGCACGACUCUUUAAAAAUCGAGAUAGUUUAUCGGAGAUUCUGUGAGCAGAACCCCAACAAGGUCAAACGCCCCGUCGAUCCCACCGAGGCCGAGGGGAAGGAGACGACCAGGUCCGACGAGAUCGAGCAGGAAAGCGGGGCCGGGGACGGUGGAGGUGUCCGGGCGGAGCCGCCGGUGAAUCGGGGCGGAGGACAGCGGCGCACGGCGUCAGAGGAGAUGAAGGAUCCGGACGACAUCAGCAUCAGCGUGGAGGCAGUGUGUGUCAGAGGGGGGCUCUAUGAAGUGGACAUCAGAGAGAAGGAAUGCUAUCCCGUUUACUGGAACCAGCAAGACCGUAUUCCUGUGAUGAGGGGUCAGUGGUUCAUCGAUGGAACGUGGCUUCCCCUGGAGGAGGAUGAGAGUGACCUAAUCGAGUUGGAGCACCUCACUUGUUACCGGGGGCAACAGAUGAGGGACACGUAUGAGAUGGAAGCGGUUACCACCACCGUGGACAGCAAGGAUGGUGAGGACUAUGAGACAGCAAUCCACAGUCUGAAGCUGAGCAGGAGUCAUGUGGACUGGCACAGUGUGGACGAGGUGUACCUGUACAGCGAUGCCACCACCUCCAAGAUUGCACGCACCGUCACUCAGAAACUGGGCUUCUCCAAAGCCUCGAGCAGCGGGACACGUCUCCAUCGGGGGUAUGUGGAGGAGGCAGCACCGGAGGACACCCCACCUGAAACCACACACAUUGUCUUCGUUGUGCAUGGCAUUGGCCAGAAGAUGGACCAGGGCCGCAUCAUUAGGAAUACCAGCAUGAUGAGAGAUGCUGCCAGGAAGAUGGAGGAGAAGCACUUCUCUGAUCGUACCACAGAGCAUGUAGAGUUCCUCCCUGUGGAGUGGAGGUCGAAACUGGCUCUGGAUGGAGACACGGUGGACUCCAUCACUCCGGACAAAGUGCGAGGUCUUAGAGACAUGCUGAACAGUAGUGCCAUGGACAUUAUGUACUACACCAGCCCUCUGUACAGAGAUGAGAUCACCAGGGGUUUGACUCUGGAGCUGAACCGUCUCUACUCACUCUUCUGCUCACGCAAUCCAGACUUUGAGAUAAACGGGAAAGUGUCCAUAGUGUCACAUUCGCUGGGCUGCGUUAUCACCUUUGACAUCAUGACAGGCUGGGACCCUGUGCGCUUUCAUUACCAAGAAGCGCCAGACCCAGAGGAAACAAUCGCUCGCUGGCCAAGUGAUGAGGAGCGCCACCUUCAGGAGCAGUUGAGACUCACACGCCUCAGGUUAAGGGACUUGGAGGACCAGUUCCAAGGUCUACAGACCUCAUCUUGUGUUGCAGUGCCAGCCUUGAAAUUCAAGGUAGAGAAUUUCUUCUGCAUGGGCUCCCCUCUGGCGGUUUUCUUGGCAUUACGAGGGAUCCGGCCUGGAAACAAUUGUGUGCAGGACCACAUCCUCCCUACAUCUAUCUGCAAACGCCUCUUCAACAUAUUCCAUCCCACAGACCCUGUGGCCUACAGAUUGGAGCCUCUGAUCUUAAAACACUACAAUAACAUUACCCCUGUUCAAAUCCACUGGUACAACACCACCAGUCCGACACCAUAUGAUCAGAUCAGGCCCACACUGCUCAACCCCCCGAAGGAGAAUGCAUCUGUCUCAGACUCUGAGAGCAUCCCCAGCCCCUGCACCUCCCCACCCCAGGCCAGAAGGCACUACGGAGAGUCUAUUACCAACCUGGGCAAGGCCAGCAUCAUGGGUGCUGCAAGUCUUGGGAAGGGAAUAGGAGGAAUCCUGUUUUCCCGCUUUUCCCGUUCCAGCAGCCAGGUGGGUGGAGUGGAGGAGGAGCCGUCAGACUGCGAGGGUGGAGCCUCUGAAGUGGAAAAUGUGGCAUUGGGAGAGGAAGGAACGGCAGUGGUAGACAGUGAAGAGAAGGACAAACAAGUAGAGGAGGAAAGGAGGGAGGUGGAGCCAACCAUGUCCCAGUCCACCUCGGCUGUAAUGGACAGCACCUCGUUGGAAUUGGAGAGACGCAUCGAUUUCGAGCUACGGGAGGGCAUGGUGGAGAGCCGCUAUUGGUCAGCAGUUACCUCACACACAGCCUAUUGGUGCUCUUAUGACGUGGCUCUUUUUCUCCUUACCUUUAUGUACAGACCACAGGAACCACUUGAACCUCCAGAAGAUAACCAAGAUGCCUCGUAACAUAAGUGCAGAGUGACGCAUGGAUUCAUUAACCCUUGGGUCAAUUCACUUUCUAUUCAUGCCUCUUGAAGUCUAAACUGACUGACCUCAUUCCUCCUUGUACAAUUUUCUUUAUACAUAAUUUGCUUUAAAGAAUGAUGGUACACUAUAUUCAUAUUGUUAUGAAUAUUGGUUUUGGAAAUGUGGAAUACUGGAAGACCAAUUCUUAUUUUAAAGAUGUUUUCAUUUUAACUGUAGAUACAUCUAUUCUGUUUCCUGAUAUCAUUUUAUCAUGUUAAUCGCACUAAAGGCUGCUGCACACUAGAGGAUAAUUGGGACGAUUUUAAACCCUAUUUGUCCCUUCUGACAAUUGUGGGGUGGUUCCAGAUUGGACACCAGUUGGUGAUGAUUAUCUGCCCAAAUAAUCCUCAAGUGUGAGGGGUUUACAAAAUAAUCUUGGUGCUCUAGAUUGGUUGGAGCCUCCUCAAUCUUGAAUCAUUGAAAACAUGUCUAAUAUUUAUGAUAAUUGCCACCAACAGAGUACUGAGCAAACCUGCAUAGCCAAUGCGUGCAUGCUUACUGGGAAGUGAAACCAACCUGAUAUUGCCACCUAGGGCCUGGUCUACUGAAGGUUUGCGCAUGUAAAGCGUGUGCAAAAUUGAUUUCACCAGCAAAAAAACUUCUACUAACGGAAUAAUGUGCACUGUUCAUUGAGUUUGCCUUAAUAAAUAUGCAAGUGCACAAAAUAUUGAGAGAAGUAGAUGCAAAUUCAAUGCAAUGUGAUUUACAAAGCCUGAAAAUAAUUGCGGUGAUUGUGACUGCGUCUAUAUUUAUUACGUUUGAAAGGUAGGUGCUAAUCGGCACAGUGUUACACAUAGAUGGCUGCAGUUAUUGUGAUGAGGAGGAGACAGUAGGAAGAAAAAGGUGUGGUGUGUGCUCUGUGUGCGCUACAAUGGCCCGAGUGUCGCGCCUGUGCUCUCCGUAAUGCUCCAUGUCAGAAACCAGUAACGCACGCAAAACACUCAUUGAAAUACUGCUGCCUCUACCAUGUUUGCACCUAUUAACAUUUGCGCAAUUCAUUUUAGUAGAUCACCCGCAUAAUCAGAACACGUCAACCAAACGUGUAAUAUGUUAUAAUGCACAUGCAAUUUAGCACUCCUUAUUAGGGAUCUUAGUAGAUCAGGCCCUAUGUUGCUUAUAAAAACAACAACACACACACCAACUAACUUCCAGCUUGCGCUGCAAAAUUUAUUUAUUUAUUUUUUCGCUGCUAAAUGGAACACAUAACAUCAGUCCUCAUCCAUUUUUGCUUUUCACGUUUAACUUCACAAGUUUUUCACACUCCAGUUCAGAAAGUAGUGGAAAUCGUUUCCUACAAAUGGCAAGUGUAUGGUCUUACCUUCUGGACAAAUUAUCUCGAGUGUGCUUUCUGACUAUUAUACUAUAAAAAAUUUGUCAAAUCUCUCAUUAUGUCUGUGGUCUCCAACAUUUAAAAAAAAAACGGUUAAAGGUCCAGUGUGUAAGAUUUAGGU